AUGCAGAAUGGAUUCAAGGCCGCUGCAGCAGAUCCUUGCCUCUACAUUCGGGACAAUGGCAAGACAAAAGUUCUUCUCCUGGUGUAUGUUGACAACCUUCUGCUUGCAUCAACCGAUAGUACCGAAAUCAAGAUGAUCGAGAAGCGUCUCAAUGCAGAGUUUGAACUUUCCAACCUCGGGGAAGUGCGUCACUUUCUGGGGGUUGAAGUACUGUGUCACGGCGGCGUGUUUAAGCUCAGUUUGGGCAACUACAUCGACAGACUGCUGAAGUCCCACGGUAUGGAAGAGGCAAAGUCUGCAAAGUCGCCCAUGAACCUCGGAUACCAUAAACAGGCCGAAUCUGAGAAAACAUUUGACGAUCCGACGAGUUACCGCAGUCUUGUCGGUGCGUUACUUUACCUGGCUGUCGUAACGAGACCGGAUAUUGCAGCUUCUGCUGCGAUUUUGGGAAGGAGGUUUAGCGCACCAACUGAAGUAGAUUGGAUGGCUGCGAAGCGUGUGCUGCGGUUCCUGAAGAAGACAAAAGGCUGCUACAUGCAGUUAGGAGGAAUCGCUGAUCAGUCGCUGGUUGGGUUCUCCGAUGCGAACUGGGCUGGCGAUGCUGAAAGUCGCCGUUCUACUUCCGGAAUGGUAUUUCAGUUCGGUGGCGGUACCAACUCGUGGGCAAGUCGUCGCCAAUCAUCCGUGACCCUUUCGUCCAUGGAAGCCGAAAACAUCGCGCUCAGCGAAGCGUGCCAAGAAGCGCUAUGGCUGCGACAGUUACUUCGAGAUUUCGGCGAACCCCAGGAUCAACCGACGGUGGUGAUGGAGGACAACCAGAGCUGUUUAGCAUUCGUACGAUCGGACAGGACGAAUAGGCGCUCCAAGCACAUAGACACCCUUGAGCGCUUCGUGCAGGCGCUAUGCGUCGAGAAGAAGAUUGUUCUGCAGUACUGCUCAACCGAUCGUACGGCUGCCGAUAUAAUGACGAAACCCCUGGGUCCGCUGAAGCACCGUGAGUUUUGCGAAUUACUUGGGCUCAAGGAGGACUCCUGA